AUUACUCUGUAACACCCAUCAGCUUAUCCUUCGAAUAAGUUUCUAUACAAUCCUUAACUGAUUCGCUUUCUCUUCAGCACGACCUUCUCGUUUAAAUCCUCCAUGUCAAUCUCCGAAUACUUCAACGGCUUCAAGCAAUGUUACUGGAUCACCUCUCGAGUCCGGAUCCUCGUCCAGCACCCUCUCGCCUGCAAGGCAGAAUUAUACAGUUCAACCUCCACAGAGUUUCCCGUCUACAAGUCGAGCUUUUCAAGCCGCCUUUAUCCAUCCUCCUCAUGUUCGAGGCUCUUUGCAGGGUCUCAAUCAGAGCUUGGGGUGGGAUCAUGGUUAUUGGCAGGAUACGUAUUCGGAACGUAACCCUAAGAUGUUUUCUCGGUUCAAAGUUUCGCGGCCCAGUUGUCGAUCUCUGAUUAGCUGCACCUGCGUCCCUUCUGACAACUAUUUGCUCCGGUGAAGAAUGGCAGGAUGGAUCGGGUGCAGUCAAAGGAGAUUCAGACGCCCAGAGUCUCGAAAGAGGCAGUGAAAGACGGUCUCACCAUGCGUCGAUAUUGAUAAGCAUCCGCGAAGGAUCACGCGUCGGUAUUCCUAAGCUGGACAAUAUACUAGAUCUUCAAUGGAUGUUUCGACCAAAGUGGGCGUGGGACGGGCACAAGAGAGAGAGGAGAUUGGUUCUUCGAGAAAGCGGACGCAUUACAUGCCUAGAGUGCAAAUUUGUUCAGCCUGCACACAGAACUGCUGGGAGUCUUUGUUCGGAGCUGAUGAGAUCCUCUGGCCAGAAACGGACUUUUGUCAGUAGCCAGGUCUCUGAGGUGAAGGCGAGGCUUCAUAUCGGCGGUUCUCCAUCUUGGCCUUUUGCCUACUCCAGCCGGCUUUAAGAAUGUACUGCUUCCUCGGACGAUCAAACGCAGGUUCGAUUGCCACUCCUCUCCACCUCUGGCCCGUAAUCACAUCGUCUCUGCACGACAGUCCACUCGUCAAACUCGCAUCAAAGCACUCAGCUACAAGAUGCGUGCUUCUGCUCGCAGAAGAUCCUGAUCAGCCGCGUCAAUCUUCCGCAUCAUGUCUCAUCAUUGGUGAAACGGAGAGCGCCGAUCCAGUGGACUCAUGAUCUUCGGAUCUUUGAGAACAUGAUGAACCUCAUUUCGGUGGGAAGAGGGCGAUUUUUAAGAUGUUCUUUGUGCGCCCUGACCUGAAACACGGCAAAUGCCCUUCGCCUUUGUCUUUGUGGCAUAACGGAAGAGGAAAUCAAAAUCUUGUCUCCGAGGUUACUGUAUUACACACGAGAGAAGCAGGUUUCCUGCUUAUUCGGGGCUGGACGUCGAACCUGGUGUGAGAGCCUGUCAACAACGAAAGACAAUGCCAAGGUUUUCGUGGAUAUCGAGAUAAAUGAGGAGGGAUGACUGCUGGAAAUGAAACGAUUUGUUCGGUUGCGUAUUUGAUAAGGCUGAUGGGUAACGGCACCUGCUUCAAGAUGUUUGCCACCUUUGCUAUCAAGCACAAUGCCCUCCUUUCGAUUACUUUGACUUCCACACUGGUCCAGGGAUUCAGUUUUGUCGCAACAAGCUCCAGAAGUCUAGUCGUCUCAGCGUGGACGAAGUCGGCAUCACCUCCAAACUUUCAAGUAGGAUAUUCUUCAUUGCAGUGGAUUGCGGGGCUGGAUCGAGACCUAGGCCUUCGAGACAAUGGGCACACCAAGUGAUGAGGAUAGGACCUCUCUCGAGUGAGGAUCAAAGCCUUGGCUUGUCUGUACUUGUCACUUGCCAUUUGUUUCGGUGGGUUUGGGUCAUCAUCUUGCCUUGGGGUGAAGCUCUUUGUUCUAUCUCUCACUUAGGAUGGUUGGUGUUGACUGAGCUCUGCUGAGACGUCGAGGAUGCUUUCUGGUAUGACUCGAAGUGACGGACAAGGUGUGGGACCUUGAUACUACUUCAUUUGGAGCUCGCAGCAUGCUUACUGGUACAUUGGUAUGGCUUGUCAAAGCAGAUUUUUUUU